UUCUUUGGUGUCUGCUUUUCUUCGUUCGUGACACCUACGUCGAAGUGUGGAUCGGAUGAACAAGCUCAAGAGACUAAUAAUUAAGUCAUGCCAUGUAUGUGCCAUGCUCAUUGUUUAUGGUUCAUUUAAUCUUGUGACACUGUUAUUGUGGCAUGAUGAGAUGAACUGAACAUUUUACCAAGCACAUGUUGAGUGCUGCUGACAGCAGAACCCUACUCUGACUCCAUCCCAUGAUGUCCUGUGGGUCGCUGCUGCUGGGAGUGAGACUCAGCAGCUGGGUUCACAGAUCACAGGCGCUGCUUCCAUCAGCUGAUCUCUAUCAGAGACCCAGGGUUACACAUUAAUCUGGUUCUCCAGGUGUGUGUCUCUGAUGAUCCUCAGUCAGUGGGUGCCAGGAAGAAGAUGAGGCUGGAGCUCUUCCUGCUAGUUGCGGUGGUGCUCGGCGCUGCCGGAAAGCCACUGAGCAAGGCAGCAGCCAGGAACAAGCUGCUGCUGAUCUCCUUCGACGGCUUCAGGUGGGACUACGACCAGGACGUGGAUACGCCGAACCUGGACCAGCUGGCUGUGGACGGGGUCAAGGCCAAGUACCUGACGCCCCCGAUGCUGACCAUGACAGCCCCGUCCCACUUCACCACCAUCACCGGCCGGUGGGUGGAGGAUCACAACGUUGUCCACAACCUGAUGUACAACACCACAACCAACAUAAAGCUGCCUUUCAAACAGACCAUGGGCAGAUCUGAGUGGUGGGACAACGGGGUUCUGCCUCUAUGGAUCACAGCUCAGAACCAGGGGCUGAGGACCGCGUCCUUCCACUACCCGGGAGGGGGCGCUACCUACCGAGGCCAGGCCGUGGACCGAGCGCUGCUGGAGGAGUUCGACCACCCGGACGACAACGAGACGGAGUGGAGACAGAACAUCGACCUGGUGCUCAGCUGGUUUUCGGAGGAAGACUUCGACCUGGUGACGCUGUACUACGGAGAACCCGACAACGUGGGCCACAGAAAGGGGCCGGACCACCCGGAUCGGAAGACCAUCAUCGAGCAGAUCGACCGCACCAUCGGCUACCUGAGGACGGGCAUGGACCGGCACCAGCUGACCCACAGCCUGAACGUCAUCAUCACCUCCGACCACGGCAUGACCACCGUCAAGAAGCGGCCGCAGGUGGACGAGAUCAUCCUCAACGACUACAUCAAAUUAUCCAGCGUGUCCAGCUUUGAAAUCUUGGACUACGGUGGGUUCGGUAUCCUGGAGCCCAAACCGGGGAAGGAGCAGGAGAUGGUUGAUGCUUUGCGGAAAGCUCCUAACCUGACGGUCUACAGGAAGAACGAGAUGCCCGAGAGCUUCCACCUGGGCAGGAGCCAGCGGCUGCCGUCCGUGGUGGUGGUGGCGGAUCUGGGCUUCAACCUGAACUCUAGACUCAUCCUCUACAUCAACAAAGGCGACCACGGCUUCCACAGCGGGGAAAUGGACAUGAAGACCAUCUUCAGAGCCUUUGGACCAGACUUCAGGAAGAACCUGCUGUUUGAGCCGUUUGACAGCAUCCACAUCUACCCACUCAUGUGCAAACUGCUGCAGAUCCAGCCCGAGGCGCACAACGGGUCCCUGGCUGUAACAGAGGACAUGCUGCAGCUCGGAGGUGCGUCUCACAGAGCUUCACAGUCUGUGCUGCUGCUGCUGCUGUCCAUGCUGCUCCUGCUCACGAUGCUGUGACGGGUCCAGGAUCGGUUCUGCAGGCUCAGCACCUCUGGAACAUCUGCUUUUAAUCUGUAUAAAGCUUUAGAACGUUCAUAUUUAUAAUGUUAUGUGAUUUAUUGACUAAUUUCAUUAAAAUAGCGAGCAGACGUUCAUUCAUUCAUUCACUUUGCAAAUAAACAUUUAUUAACCAUU